AUGGUGUCGACGGCGCUGGACGCGAUGGCGGGGACGGCGUGGGGGCGGUGGCUGGGGCUGGUGGCGGCGGUGUGGGUGCAGUGCAUCUCGGGCAACAACUACACCUUCUCCAACUACUCCGACUCCAUCAAGACGCUCAUGGGCCUCACCCAGCUGCAGCUCAACGGCCUCUCCGUCGCCAAGGACGUCGGCAAGGCCUUCGGCCUGCUCGCGGGGCUCGCCUCCGACCGCCUCCCCACCUGGCUCCUCCUCGCCAUCGGCUCCCUCGAGGGCUUCCUCGGCUACGGCGCGCAGUGGCUCGUCGUGUCGAAAACAAUCGCGCCGCUGCCCUACUGGCAGAUGUGCGUCUGCCUCUGCCUCGGCGGCAACUCCACCACCUGGAUGAACACCGCCGUGCUCGUCACCUGCAUCCGCAACUUCCGCGGCAGCAGGGGCCCCGUCUCCGGGGUCCUCAAGGGCUACGUCGGGCUCAGCACCGCCAUCUUCACCGACGUCUGCUCCGCGCUCUUCGCCGACGACCCGGCCUCCUUCCUCGUCAUGCUCGCCGUCGUGCCCGCCGCCGUCUGCGCCGUCGCCAUGGUGUUCCUCCGCGAGGGCCGCGUGGCCAGCGCCGAUUCGGGCGGGGACGAGGCUGACGCGCGCGGGUUCGCGGCCAUCAGCACGCUCGCGGUCGCCAUCGCGCUCUACCUCCUGGCGGCCGACCUCACGGGCGUCGGCGGUGGCGGGGGGCUCGUAUCCACCGUCUUCGUCGCCGUGCUGAUGGUGCUUCUCGCCGCCCCCGCCGCCGUGCCCGCGUACGUGGGCUGGACGUCAUGGAUGAAGUCCCGCAAGGCGGCCAACGCGGACGCCGAGGCCGCGGCCGCCCCCCUGCUGCUCGACUCCAAGGAGGCGGCCGCUUCGGAGGCGGCGGCGACGCAGCUGCAGGGCAACGGGGAGGCGGAGGAGGGUCGCGGGCCGCGGCUCGGGGAGGAGCACACGAUCGCGGAGGCGCUGUCCUCGCUGGAUUUCUGGGUGCUCUUCUCGUCGUUCCUGAUGGGCGUGGGCACGGGGCUGGCGGUGAUGAACAACCUGGGGCAGAUGGGCGUGGCCAUGGGCUACACCGACGUGUCCCUCUUCGUCUCCAUGACCAGCAUCUGGGGCUUCUUCGGCCGCCUCGCCUCCGGCACCAUCUCCGAGCACUUCAUCAAGACGAGGGCGCUGCCGCGGCCGGUGUGGAACGCGGCGUCGCAGGUGCUCAUGUUCGCGGGGUACGUGGUGAUGGCGUUCGGCAUGCCGGGGUCGCUCUUCGUCGGCUCGGUGGUGGUGGGCGUCUGCUACGGCGUGCGGCUGGCGGUCACCGUGCCCACGGCGUCGGAGCUGUUCGGCCUCAAGUACUACGGCCUCAUCUACAACAUCCUCAUCCUCAACCUGCCGCUGGGCUCCUUCCUCUUCUCGGGCCUCCUGGCGGGCCUCCUCUACGACGCGGAGGCCACCAAGGUGCCCGGCGGCGGCAACACCUGCUCCGGCGCGCACUGCUACCGCCUCGUCUUCGUCGUCAUGGCCGCCGCCUGCGUCGUCGGCUUCGGCCUCGACGUGCUGCUCAGCCUCAGGACCAGGCGGGUCUACACCAAGAUCCACCAGGCCAAGCGGGCCAAGAGGUCGGCCGCCGCCGCGCAGAGGGUGAGCUAA